AUGUUAAGAAUAGACCAUGACUCUCUUCAAGCCAACAAAAACUUGAUGCACGAGACACUCCGAGCAUACAUUCAUGAUAAAAUCCAUCCGUUGAUCAAGACCCGUGUGUGGCCCCGCAUUGUGGUUUGUGGCCAUUAUGCCCGAAACGGUGCGAAUGUACAUAUUUCGCCGAAGGAAAAACGGGGGAAACGGUUCAACUGGCAUCGGCCAACAGCAAUUAUCAUCGACGACUCGACCCUAGAAAUCAGGUGUUUUCCAGGACGAGACUACGUGCUGCAUUACGCCCUCCUUAUCGCAUAUUAUCUCAACCUGAAUUCGAUCAAAGCGCCUGCAUCAGUAGUAGAAUACCGUCUACCCUCUCCGGAAGAUUGUCUGGAUCUUCUUUCGCAAUCAAAUUUGAAGUUAAUGGGCCCUGUUGAUACUGUCAUCCUAGGCUACGUGGACCGCCUGGCCACUAAUGAUGAUUACCCAUGGGAGACAGGCACAGACAAGCCGAGUCAAUUGUUUGCGUGGAAGCGCUUCCUUCGAGCAGACGGAAGUUCUGUCGCCUUUGUGGGAAGCAUGAUGAGUCUUUGGGGGGACAUUAUUGGCAAUGCUGUUCGCACCAUGCAAGCCCACAGCAACAUUUCCAGCGUUCUGUAUAUAGGCAAGGCUGGAUCAUUACGAACACAAGAUAUCCCUAAUGAGGUUCUCGUUACUGGUGAAACAAGUCGCUUAUAUAACGAAAUUCUCCACUGGAAAAGCCCACUCACGACAACAUUAUCGACACAAAAUAUUGCACACCUUUGCCGGGGGACUCAUAUUACCGUCUCGAGUCCCCUUGUUGAGACUGAGCAUUGGCUAGCCGAAAACAGGCAUGAUGCUGAUUGGGUGGACUGUGAGGUCGGAUAUUUGGCACUGGCCUGCCAGGAGCAAAAUACCCGAUUUGGGUAUCUUCACUUCAUCUCCGAUAAUGUGGCACAAAGAUGUCUGUACAAUCUUUCAACUGAGCGCCAAGAAGCUGUGAUCAGUGCACGAAAGAACAUUUGGAAUGAUUUCCGACGGAUCCUGGCCCUCCAUCUAGACAUAAAGGAUCUUGAACGGGGUACACGAGGGGCCAUUUUGUAA